CUUUUUGAAAUAAAAAAAGGCAUAAAGCCAAGUUAUAAAUUUUUGUUUUCUUUCAGAUCGGUCUAUACCAUUAUGGUUCUCCACCACGAUGAAUUUUUGAUCAACGAACACGAUAUACCAUACGAAGAAGAGCUUUUACGUAACCCGUACUCUUUACGACCUUGGAUUCAAUACAUUGAACAUAAAAAGCUCGGCAAUUUCAACGAACUUUGCUUUGUUUAUGAGCGUGCUUUAAAGGAGCUUCCCGGCUCUUAUAAAUUAUGGAAACAAUACUUGGACAUCAGACGCGAGAAACUUAAAGGACUCAACCCUGUCAGACACAAACAACAAUACAACAAUCUCAUUGCACUUUAUGAACAUGCACUUAUUCUACUGAAUAAGAUGCCUCGUAUUUGGCUCGAUUACCUUUCACUCCUAACAAAGACACCUUAUAUCACGAAGACUAGACAUAGUUUCGAUAACGCCUUGCGUGCCUUACCUGUAACUCAACACCAACGUAUUUGGGAGGUUUACUUACAAUUUGCAAAAGCAGCAGGUGGUGAAACAGCUAUUCGUAUAUACCGUCGUUAUCUGAAGUUCGAGCCUGGUUUUAUUGAAAAUUAUAUAGAAAGCCUUAUUCAUUUAGAGCACUACAACGAAGCAGCUGUGAAACUUGUAUCUAUUGUGAACGAUACAACUUUCAAAUCUCAACGCGGAAAAUCACACUAUCAAUUAUGGCAGCAAUUAUGUGAAUUGGCAGUAGACCACUGUGAUGACAUUCAUAGCAUAAACGUAGAAGCAAUUAUCAGAAGUGGUAUAAAGCGUUUCUCAGAUCAAGUCGGUAUUCUCUAUUCACGUUUAGCAAUGUAUUGGAUUAGGAUGGGUCAAUUGGAAAAGGCCAGAGAUGUAUUUGAGGAAGGUAUCACCACUGUGAUGACAGUAAGGGAUUUCACAGUUAUAUUCGAUGCUUACGCUGAAUUCGAAGAAGAGAUGAUUACCACUAAAAUGGAAAUGGCGAAAGAGAGAGAAGACCAAGGAGAAAAGGAUGAAGAAGAAGAUCUUGACCUUGAUAUGCGUCUCAUGAGAUUCGAACAAUUGAUGGAUCGUAGACCAUUUUUGGUAAACGAUGUUUUGCUAAGGCAAAAUCCCAAUAAUGUUAUGGAAUGGCAACAAAGAGUAACUUUAUGGAGAGAUAAUAAAGAAAAGGUUGUCGAAACAUAUACACAAGCAGUACAGACCAUUAAUCCAAAAAAGGCACAUGGUAAAUUCCACGAAUUAUGGGCUAACUUUGCAAAAUUCUAUGAAGACGGUGGAGAUCUGGAAUCAGCACGUAAAAUAUUUGAUAAAGCAGUUAAAGUCAACUACAAAUCUGUCAAUGACCUCGCGGAGGUGUGGUGUGAAUAUGCAGAAAUGGAAACACGACAUGAUGAUUUCGACAGGGCCCUAGAGAUUAUGGCAAGAGCAACAGAGAUACCAAAGACACUCGAUGUCAACCCCAAGCAAGUGAAUUUCCAUGAUGAAUCUAUUCCAGUGCAAUUACGAUUAUUCAAAAGCCUGCGAUUAUGGAGCUUUUAUAUUGAUUUGGAAGAGAGUGUAGGCACAGUUGAAAGUACGAAGGCAGUAUAUGACAAAGUCAUGGAUCUUCGCAUAGUGAAUCCUCAAACGAUUGUCAACUAUGCCACAUUUUUGGAAGAGAAUCAAUAUUUUGAAGAGUCAUUCAAGGUUUACGAGCGUGGUAUUGAAUUGUUUGGAUGGCCCAUCGCAUUUGAAAUAUGGAAUAUUUACCUUGACAAAUUCUUGAAACGCUAUGGAGGUACAAAAUUAGAACGCGCCAGAGAUCUAUUUGAACAAGCAUUAGAUGGUUGUCCACCGAAGUAUGCCAAACCCAUCUAUCUCAUGUAUGGUAAACUCGAAGAAGAACACGGUUUGGCGAGACACGCUAUGCGUAUCUACGAUAGAGCAACGAGAGCUGUAGCAGACGAAGAUCGUAUGACAAUGUUUGAGUAUUACAUUGCCAAGGCGACAGAGUCAUUUGGCAUAAUGGCAGCAAGGGAAAUAUAUGAAAGGGCUAUUGAGGCUCUUCCAGAUAAGCAUGUGCGAAUUAUGGCACUGCGUUAUGCAGAACUGGAAAGAAAGUUGGGCGAAAUUGACCGUGCACGAGCUAUUUACGGGUUUGCCUCACAAUUAUUCAAUCCUAGGACGGAAGCUGGAUUUUGGAAAACUUGGCAUGAUUUCGAAGUACAGCACGGUAAUGAGGAUACAUUCAAAGAAAUGCUACGUAUUAAACGGAGUGUUCAAGCAGCAUUUCCCAGCGUUUAAUAUCACUGUAAUAAAAAAAAAAACCCACUAUGAAUGCGUUCCUAUUUCAAGG